AGGUUUACUGCAUUUUCAUCAUGGCAGAAGUAAAGCCAAAACUUCGUCGAGUUGUCACAUUUACCAAAAAUAAUCAUCGUUGGUCUAGGACAUUCGAUGAAACUGAUUUAAGGAAAGAAGAAGAACCGAAAAGCAAAGAUGAUGAAAAAGUUGCAACUGAUAAAGAAGAUAUCACUGAUAAUGGAUCAAAAAAUAUUACAUUUAAAAGGAGUCAAACGAUUAAUUAACCGUGAAUUCCGGAUAUUUGUAAUGUUAUCCGGUUGAUUUCCGUUACUGAUUCAUUUUGAUCCAACUCUUUGAUACCUUUUAUCUAAUUUAAAUAAAAGCAUAUGCUAUGUAAAAAU